GUCUGGUCUAUCUACUGUUGGCUACUUCUGUGAAAGAUAAACAGGUGCUCAGUUUUGACAUGGGUCGCUUGAGAGUUCUAAGUGGAAGAAGUUAGGGCACGCUUUCCCUCUGCAUCAUCAGUCUAAGUUCUUUUUUGUGAUCCAAAGUGUGAGUCAAAUAGAGUAAAUUCCGUUCAUUUCGCAAACGCAGAUGCAAUCAGGUUACAAUCUCAAACCUGUAAGCUGCCCAAUCGCGCAUCUUGUUUCAGAAUUGGAGCCAGCUGGAUUAUACGGUUGAUGGGACAUUCAUUUAAUGAUUCUUCGGCUUUUCCUCUCUUUACUCAAGUGCAAUCAAUUCAAAUUCUUAAAUAAACCUGUUAUACCGGAUCAUUUUCACUUUUCCCCAUCUAUCUCAAGCAAUUUACAAACCCUAGUUUAAAUUUGUUUGCUACUUCCAAACAAUGGCUGUAGUUUCUAAUCAUGUUUCUUUUGAAGAAGAGUCUUCAUUGCCGACUCUUACUUCUCAGUCAAGCAAUUGUCAAGCCAUUUUGAAUCCAUCCAAGUAUCCUGAACCUCUUCAGAUUAUGGUGGAAUGUAUGAAAUGUUCUUUUCUAAGUAGAGCUUUGUCAACAGCUAAAGAGGUUCCAUUGAGAAUCGUCACUCUAGCAUUCACUACAGCAAUUGUCAACAAAGUGAACGAUACAAUUUCUUUUGAAAUUCAAGGUGGAAAGCGAACAACCAUUUCUAAGACAAAUUUUGCAAAACUUUUAUGUCUUCCAACUCAAGGACCAUAUAUUACUCCAACAAGUGAAGAGCUCAUUGAUAUGUUCAAUUCUAUGGGUCAUGAACCUUAUAUGAAGAAGGUGUCUGAUUUCAAAAAGAGCAAACUUCCUGCUGUUUGGAGUCUGCUAUUUGGAUUCAUUCUUCGUGGCUUAACAAGUCGUACUGGUGGAUUGGAUGCUGGACCCAAAGAGUUAUUGUCUCUUAUGUAUGGGUUAUAUAAAGGUGUGAAGGUUGAUUUUGCUACUGUGCUUUGGGGUGAAUUUGUUGAUAGCAUCAAACAUUCCAAAAGGGCAACUGAACUUUCUUCACAUAGAUUUUGGGGUUUAAUAGUUUCUCAGGCUUAUGAAUUUCAUAAAAUUCCAAUUGAAGUGUCUGAAGUUCCGAAGAUGGUUGUUCAUCAAAUUAGUAUUCCGACCAAAGUUGAUCAGUCUCAUUUCUCUUUUGUUGGUCAGAUUCCUGAAGAAAUGUUGAGUUUGAUUAAAUGUCCAAAUAAGAUUUUGGAUCAAUACAGGGCUUCUCUUAUCAUUCCUUACCCUGUUCGACCAGCACCUAAAGAAGGAGAAGAUGUUAAACUUACAAAAAUGAUUAGGAAGAAAAGAAAAACUCCACUUGUUAGGAGUCAACUUGGUUCGACAAAUGAUAAAACUGAAUUUAUGAAAAAGUCAAAGCGGGUCAAGAAACCAAGGAUUGUUGAAGAAGAGGACAUGCAACAACAUCAGGGUGGUUUGAAUUUUGAAGAGGAUAUUUCUAUAACCACAGCUCUAACAAUUGUCACUUCUUUAGUGGAGACAAUUUUGAUGUCUACCGUUACAAUUCCAGUCGAAACUACAUUGAUUGAGACAGUACCCAUUUCAGAACCCGUUGUCGAAAACUCUAUUUCUGAACCAAUGUCUAUCUUUGAACAUUUGACCACGUCUGAAACUCAUAUUUCUACUUCAGAUCAUUCGGAAGCUACAAUUUCUGAAAGACCUUUAAAGAAUACAUUAGGGAAUGUUUUUAUAGAUGAAGAAGAAGAAGUGAUUGAUGGAUAUGUGUUUAAGGCCGGGGAAGAUCCUUUUUUUGAUGAUGUUGUCGAUGAUUUUGAGAUGGCUGCUCUUGGUGAAGACUUUGUUGCUUCUGAUGAAGAGGAUGAUGAAGAUGAUAAUCAGUUGAUGUCUAAAAGAGAUUUUAAGAAGUUGAAUCGUAAGCUUAAUGUUGUAUUACGAUCUCUUGAUUCCAAUACUCAGUCUGCCCAACAUUCGAAUCAAGAAAAAAUGCUUGCUGAUUGGUCGGUCACGCUUUCCGAUCAAAACAAAAAGAUUGAUUCAUUAACAAAUGGUUUGAAUCUUUUUAAAGAUCACAUAAAUAUUGAAACCAAGUCCCAAAUGAAGAAGGUACAAGAAGUUAUGUUUAAUGAGUGCAAAAAGCUUCUUGAUGAAAUCUCGAAGAUGAGAGAAGAGAAUGAGAAGUCUUUAAACAAGGCAUUUAGUGAUCUCAAAAGUGAACAUGAAAAUUCUCUCAAAAGUCUAUAUGAAUCUCUUACUGAAGCGAAACAGAGAGAAAUUACUUUACAAAAUGAGUUGACGAAAGCGUUAGCCCAUAUCGAGUUUCUUCGUUCUUACACGAAUGUUGUUAAUCCAGAAGAACUUGCAAAGCAGGUUGAGACUCAAAUGGUUGCAUCUCAUCUCAAGUCUCUACAACCUGUUAUCGAAACAUACCCAAACAGUGUUCCGAAGGUAUCUUUGUCACCUUCUAAACAAGGGGGAGGAGAAAGUCAGCAAUUCAAUAUCAUGACUCCAGAGAUCAUUCUUAUAUCAUCCGAAGGUACUUCUUCUGUUCCAUCUUCUGAAGCUACGUUUCUUGCAACCUUACCAUCUACCAUAUCAAACACUGUUGCAUUUCCUGUUUCUACUCAAUUCACAAAGAGUAUUCCUUUGCCAUUAUCAAAACCUCUUUCAAUUGGUUCCACUGCUGUUACUACAAUGCUUUUAUCAAGUUCUGAACCAAAUUCUUCAAAAGGAAAAGAAAAUAUGGAAGUGCUAAGUAAGGAAGAAUUGAGACAGAGAAGAGCUGAGGAAAGAAAUCGUUCUCAAGAGAAGUUGGAUGCAGAGCAUGUUAAAGGAUUUGCUGAAGAAGAAAAUGUGGGAGCUGAGAAUAGGGUAAACUUGAUAAGAAGUUUGGGAUUUUCUGAAAAUACUGUGUUUGACCUUGUUCCCAAAGAAAGCUGCUCAGUUAUCAAUUCUUUGGAAAAGCAAUUUGAUUUUCCUAUAUCUCCAAGGGCAUAUGGCUAUCCUAUAAUGAGUCCAAAGACUAAUGAAAAAGUUGGUGAUUUGUCAUAUAACGAAAGACUUGUUCGUUUCUAUGCUCUUGUUGGGAAACCUUCAGAAUAUUCCUGGAGUCCAAAGAUUAUUAGAAGCGUCGAGUCUGUCAUAGAAACAGAAAGUUUUGAAAAUGUGUAUCAGAAUUUCAAGUUUAUUGUUCGGAGAGACAUUAUGGAUGAUAUUACUUUCACGAUUGCCGAUUUCCCAAAUUUGAAUCCACAUGAUUUAAUUGUUUUAUUGAAGCUCUUAAAAGACCCAAAUUCUGUUGCGAUGCACUCUAUCAAGACUUUUCUCUGUUACUAUUACAGAGACGUAGCUCGAACUGAUAUAGUCUUGGCUGGAGCUAUAAAUCAGAAAGUAAAGUUACCAAAUAAAGAGGCUGAAGGAAUUGAUAAUAUUGGUGCUGGAGAAAUUGUUACAAAACCAACAUGGGGUUCGACUUAUUCAGUUAAGGUAGCAGGUGGUAGAUCAAAGAAAGUAUUCUUCAGGAUGAAUGAGAAAGAGAGGUUCCCUAAUAACGUGUUGGAGGGAAUAAUUCAAAGGAUUAUGUUGAAUUCUAAAAAUUCGGAAUCUGUUAGAAAGAAAGCUGUGGAUAUGCUAAGAUGGUGGUUGAAGAUCAGAGAAGUUUUGUUGGAAUUGGUUCCUGUUUUAUUCCCAGAUUUGAUGAAAGAUUAAUAUCCGAAGUGACUGUCAUUGUUGAGUGUCGAAUUAGUUGUGGCAGUCAUGACUUCCAAAGUUUAGGACCUAACAUGAUAGGUGGCCCACGAACCCGGUCUCAAAUAGUGGUUUAACUUUACUCAGCAAACCGCCCUGUCCACUGUUAGCAUCUUCUGUGAAAGAUAAAACAUAAACAAGCAAUGUUCCGUUAAGACUUUGGGUGCUUGAAAGUUGCAGAAUUGGGUAAAAUUAAAAUUUUCUGAUAAAAGUUUAAUAUUGUUCUUCAAGCUACCUGAACCAUCAUUUGUAAUGUAUAUAUAUUUGUGGGUUUGUUGAUGUUGCUACUAUGUUUGUAUGUUGGUGAAUUAAUGUAUAUCCAGUUAAGAUACCAGCCAAUUAGGUUUA